AUGCCUGGCCACUUUGAAGAAGUCCGAAAGACCACCGGUCUCAAGAAAGACGACCAAGGAGCCUACACCCAAGCGGUCUACAAGGGAGGAUUGCAGGGUACCGCUCUCGCUGCGGGCCUCACGAUUCCGCUUCACCUCUUCCUCCGCCGCAGGCCGCAGUACAACGCCAUCCCGGUGACCCUUAAAGCGCUCGGCUAUGUCGUGUUGACUAUACCGUGCAUCUCGAUCGCAGCGGAGAAGGCGGGCGAGGCGUUCAUUAGGAGUACAUGGACGGGAACGGGAAAGAAUGAGUUGGAUAGGGACGCACAGAGGGCGGCGAUGAGGUGGGACUCGCUCGGGACGUGGCAGAAGGCUCAGGAUUGGGGAUCGAGACAUAAGUGGGGGUUGAUCGGGGCUGCAUGGGCAGGCUCAAUGGGUAUCUCGUUCGCCUUGGUAGCAAGGACCCCGCAGACCUUCUCUCAAAAGCUCGUGCAAGCACGUAUGUGGGCACAAGGCCUGACAGUCGGCACCCUCAUCUCCUCGGCACUCAUCGCGGGUGUGACUACUACCGACAACAAGGUGGUUGAAGGGAAGAUCGACCACUCGUGGGCCGACAUUCUCGAACAAGAGGGACAGAUGAAGAGGUCUGACCUGGACAGGAUCAGGGGCACGGUCGAGAAGAGCAGAGGAUAG